AUGGCAGAAGGGGACACCACGCCCAGCCAAUGCAAGCAGGAGAAGGACCUUCUUGUGAGUGCAUGCAAGAGCGCAGUGAUCAAUAAGAGCCACUCCAGCAGCAAGCCUAGCCCGAGGCUAGGGGAAAAGAAAAAAAAUUUGCGUUCCAGCGGAGCAGGGGGGGGGGCCACCAACCCAGGUUGGCCCGAAAGCAACUUCUACCCGAGGUCCAAAACGCGGGGGGGUGACGUCAUGUCGACGUCAGGCUGA